CGUUAUCAUGGAGGGUAUAUCAAUUAUGCUCAAAAAAACAAUUUCUAUAGUUUGCUAUUUUUCAAAGUUUUAAGAGGAAUUCAAAUCAUUAAUUGUAUCUCAACAAGAAAUCACAACUAAUAUCUGCUCUUUUAACUUGUCAAACAAUUAUCAGGUUUAUUCAAAGCAUGAGAAAAACAUGAUUGAACUCAUCUAAAAAUUAACCCUAAUAAUCAAUUGGAAAAAUAGACAAUAAAUAUUUAAGAUCAAUAUGGAAAAAUAAAUCAUGAGUAAAAAUCAAAUAGAAUAUAUAAGCUUCAUCCUUGCCCUAGCUAUGGAGUUUAGCCAAACAUAAUGUAAAAUUCAACAAGAUCCAUAGUAAAACUUGACAUAAUUAAAGAAGAAGGGAAGAAUUAAACUCUGUAAUUGGAGGAAGAAGAUGGGCCGUGCUGUUGCAGUGCCGCUCCAGAUUCGUCGCCGCCGUCACUGAAGGUCGGAAGACUCGCCGCAGAGCAUCGCCGUCGCACAAAGCCGCCGCUGGUCUGCCUUUUUCUUUCGUUUCUUUUCUCUUCCGUCUCCUCCCCUUGGUUUCAUCAGCCCUCCUCCUUUUAUAUCCCCUUUUUUUGUUUGUUUAGAACAACCAUUGUUGGACGAUUUCUUCUUUAUUAGUGGUUGUGAUUGCUCAACAUUCAUGUUCUUCGCCGAGGAGGAACAACGAUCUGUCAUACCAACUUUAAUUUAUAGACGCCGUGCACUGGCGGCUGCCUCUAGCGUACUUAAGGUUGUUUCCAUGGCGGUCGAGGAUGAAGUAGAUUGUGUUAUACUUGCUAUCAUGUCUUCCUCUGACUCACAAAAUGUAUCCGGUCAAUCUUAUGGAUCGGGUUCUCAACCCUCUUCCUCUAACCAAUCCGAGUCUUCUCCCCCUGUCACUCCUUUGAUCCGCCGCCCCUCUAACCAGUCUAGCUCUCAAGCCCGGGAAAUAAUUGCCCAGGAGCCUGUCCCUCUGAACCAACUACCCGGUCGGUUCAAUCCCAAGGUCCUCAGUUGGGACCAAUGGGAAGAACGAUUGGGGUCGCUGGGUUACCUAGCCCUUGACUCAGGACCGGUCUUCAAAGAGCCUUCUAGGGUUACAAAGAAGGUCCUGGCUGAGGUGCGCUCCGUCCUUCCACCGGGCUAUAAAGUCCUUUCUAGCACCACCUGGCCCAACAUCAUAGACCCUCACCAGGGAAACCGGUUGGGUUUUCAUGUUGCUUCGCUAGAGGGAGGCAUUAUCUUUCCUCUUCGCCCCCUCCUUGUAGAAAUUUGUAACAAGUUCAAUCUUUUGCCCGGCCAACUUACUCCAAAUGCUCACCGGUUCUUAAAUUGUUUUGUGAAUAUUUGUGAAUCUCUCCAUAUCGACCCUUCUCUUGAUCUUUUUCUCCAUAUGUAUGACGUCUUGCCCGGGACUAGUAACUGCCCGGGUUUUGUUUAUUUCCAUUCCCGUGCCAACUCUAGGGGUUUUAUAACCGGUCUUCCCCCUAGCCAUAAGAAAUGGAAACAAAGAUUUGUUUUUAUCGAGUUCCCCUCUGACCAAUUCCCUCUCUCUCAUCGUGAGUGGGCUGACCGGGUUAUAAAACCUGAAAGGGUUCACCCGGUACCUACUAAAAAGCUUCAAGACGCCUGCGAGAAACUUCUCAAGGGUGAUCCUGUAACCGGGAAACCCUAUGCCUAUGGGGGCUGGGUGUACCGGUUACGUAAUCCGGAUGGGGGUGUAUCUGCGACCCAUGACGCAGAAGAUGACCGGGCCAACUCCCCGGAUGGUCAUGCUGAGGGCAGUUCUCCUCAUCCAGACAUGGAAUUCAACAGGAUGACCACCAUCCUCGAAGAUGAUGACGAUGAUGUCCAAGUCCUCCACUCUGACCUGUCUCCCUUUUCCAAGCGUUCUUCUCCUCCCCACAUCCCUGAAACGGAUGAGGUUAUAAGUGCCCGGUGUAGCCCCAUCCAUGAACAGAGGGAGAAGCUGAAAUCUCCUCAAGCCAGCCAUCAUUCCGAGGGUGACCCGGCUAAUCCCCCCAAAGUUCCGGUCAAACCAAGUGCCAAAGAGGUCGGUGCAUCUUCUUCUUCAAAAGCCAAGGAUCAAAAAAGGAAGAGCUCUCAUAAGAGUUCCAGGGGAGGCAAGAAGAGGAAGAUCAGUUUAUCAGAUAGGGAAGGGGAAUCCAUUGAAGAAACCUUCCUAUCCCUGGCCAAAAAACUCAGCAAGGUUGGGGUCUUAUCUGAAGAAGUUGGCCGGUCACUUCUGGAAUCCAAUGACCGGGUCAGCGAACUCACCCUCCUCCUUGAUUCCGCCAAGUUGGAGAUCAAUGACCGGGUCGAAAGGGAGAAGAAGCUGGAGGAAGAGCUAAUGGCUGAAAGGGCCAGGCUAGAGGAGGAGAGGACCAAGUUUGCCCUUCUGGAGGAGGAAAGGAAUAGAAAGGUGGCCGAGCUUGAGGAUGCAUUGGGCCAGGCUGAAGAAUCUGCCCGGGCAAAGGAGGAGGCCUUUCCCACCUUGGCUGCUGACUGGGCUGCACGCCAUCACACGGAGGUUGCCCGGUCCAUUCUCACUACCCCGGCGGAAACUAUGGACUUCUUCCAAGUCAUGUAUCAAGAGCUAGAGGGUAAGAGGAUGAUAACCGAGAUCGGUUCAUAUGGCUUUCAGUGUGGCCAAAAGGAUGAGAGGUCUCUUCUCUAUGCCCGGCUUCAGAAAAGGGACCCUUCAUUUGAUCCGGCCAAGAUGAAGCUUCCUCCUUUGUACAAGGAAGAGCCAGCCCCCCCUUUCCCUUUACAGUAGGUCAGGGUAGAUAAUGAAAAAACUCUGAAUUU